AGAAAUUCUAAAGACUAAAGAGUGAGUGAUAGGCUAUAGUACCAAAACUUUGUAAUGAUCUUCCUCUUUCCUCUUUUGCUUUCAGAUGUUUUCUCUUCAAAUUUCCCCCUAAACUCAACACAGCCUCUUCAAUUAAUCUAAUUCUAUUGUGGGAAUCUCAAUGCAUGUCAAUGCCUAUAUAUACUUUCCCAAUGCAAUGAUUCUAUAUAAGGAAACCAAACAAAUACCACAAUCUCAAUCUAGCUACUGCAUUAAGCACUGUGUUGUGAAUUGUGAUCAUCAAGCAUCUUCUGUAAACCCAACCAAAAUUUCUCAGCUUUUCCAUCAUUUCCAUUCACCCUCAAUGUUCUCUCUUCUGGGUAUUUGUUUAAUUAAUCCAAUGCAUGUCAAAAUUUGAUUUUUAAUUCCCUAGAAUUUCCCCAAUUUAAAAUCUAGGGUUCAUGUCGGUUGAUUCCCAUUUCCUCCGGAUGAAAUUGACCGAGAAAAAACACCGGUCCUUGUUAAUUGGGCUGUUCAAUUCAACCCAAUAGAUUCUUUUUUGGAAGUGAAUAUUGCACUUUUUUGGUGAGAUUUAUCCAUUCAAUUUUCCUUUUUUGUGCUGAUGCUUGAUAUAAAAGCACAAUUCUGAAGUUAUUAUGUCUAGAUUCAAGAAUUCUGAAGCCCUUGUUGUUGUUGCUCGCUUCGCUCUGCAUCAACCCAACCUUCACAUUCCAAUGGCCAAUUUGAUGGGCUUUGAUCCUUGUUUCCGAUUGAACAGGGCCUUUUCCCAGUACCCUGCUCUUCCUGCUGCUGAUCGUGGAACCUACAUUUCUUCGCCAUUUCUCCGAAAUCUGGCUUGUGCUAAUGUUUUUGGGGGUAAGAGAAGUGUUGGAUUGGGUCCUAAGGGUUGCAGCUUUGUUACCAGUGGUGGCAUUGGUAGUAAGUUUGCUGUGAGGGCUAAUGCAGGGCCUCGCGGCUUUGCUACUCGUCGUGACGAGCCAAUGCUAGCUGGUUUGGAGCAAGGGAAUUCUGUUAGGGAUGGUGAUGGUGAUGCUGCUGUGGUUAAGGUGGAUGAUGGAUCACUGAGUGGAAGCCCUACUGAGCCUGCUAGCUUCGGUGAUCAGCGUUUGUUGUCGCAGAAACUUGUUGUUGCUGUUGAUGUUGAUGAGGUAUUAGGAAAUUUCGUGUCGGCACUCAACAAGUUCAUUGCAGAUCGAUAUUCAUCAAAUCAUUCACUUUCUGAAUAUCAUGUGUACGAGUUCUUUAAGAUAUGGAACUGCUCACGCGAUGAAGCUGAUAUUCGUGUUCAUGAGUUUUUCAAGACACCAUACUUCAAAUCAGGGAUCCACCCUCUCCCAGGUGCUAAGACAGCACUUCAAAAGUUAUCAAGAUUUUGUAGCCUCUCAGUUGUAACGUCUCGGCAGAAUGUAAUUAAGGACCACACAAUUGAAUGGAUAGAGAAGAAUUAUCCAGGACUCUUUCAUGAGAUUCACUUUGGUAACCACUUUGCACUUGAUGGGUUGUCAAGACCAAAGUCAGAGAUUUGUAGGUCUUUAAAUGCCAAGGUUCUUAUUGACGAUAACCCAAGGUAUGCCACAGAGUGUGCUGAAGCUGGAAUUGAAGUCCUACUAUUUGAUUAUGAAAACUCAUAUCCUUGGAGCAAGAAUGAAGCUGUUGACAAGCACCCCUUGGUGACCAAAGUUAAGAACUGGGAAGAAGUGGAACAACAAUUGAUGUCAGUGAUGGCAAGGAUUUGUUGAAAUUACCCAUGUAUAAUGUACAUUCUUGAAGAAGUGAAAUCAUUUGAGGUGGCUGCAAGGAGACCACCUACAGGGUUAUAUGGUUAAUAAAUAUAUAAAUGACAUGGUUUAGAUUCUUUUUCCCAUUUUGAGCAACUUCGAUGAAGAUUGGAAUAGGAAGUUGUUCAUUAUUGUGGAAUUUCUCCUGAUUUUACAAUAUCAAUAUUUAGUUAGAGAUUUGUUCAAUGCCUUCCAUGAAUGGAGACGUGGAAUCUGAAUCAUAUGGCUGUAAAAUUUUAUGACUAAUCUUGAUCAUCAAAUUGUAUGAUCUCUGGUAGUAAACUUUAUUGUGGUUUAA